AUGUCUACCGGAGAUGUUAUUAAUGGAGUAGGAGGAGGCGAAGCAUUUAUUGACGUGAAACAAUGGCAAGACGAGACAGGGAAGACGGUAUAUCAACAUUUGAGCGAAGGUUUUGCAGGAGACGAUGAAGCAGUUGCGGACGGAGCCGUUUUGAGAUAUCGUGCACCAUUUCUCCGAGUCAUUAAGCACGAUGCUUACUUUGAUGCCUUCAACCUUGUGGUUGAAAGUAUGCUGAACAGACUUGCUCCAAUGUGGUUAGCGUAUACGUUUGCUGAUGCAUUUGUAGCGGAUCAUGCGGAGCAGUUAGACGCAUAUAGGCAAGAUUACUAUCUUAUUUUGUCUUUCCUAGGUGAAUACCACCAAUCGGACGGUGGUACAUGGUGCCGUCAGAUCAUCACGAGCAUGCAAGCGUUUGCGAAAAAGAUCAUGAGUGGUGAAAGGAAACUUCGAGUUCUUCCGGAGGCUUGGCAUCACUUACCAAUUUCCUGCGAAUCGGAAAAAGGUCGUCGUCCGAAGCAGGAAGAUCGAAUGCUUGCUAUGCCAACUCUUAGCCUCGUCUUCCCGGAAGUGGUGAGGUCCGAUGUUGCAUUGAUGGGCGUGUUUGAUGGACAUGGAGGUGCUGAAUGUUCUGCCUACUGCUGUGCCCACCUACCUGCAGAGUUUGUGCGAGCACUGAACGCAAACCCGAGUUCACUGCAAGAUUCGUUAAAGCAAGCAUUUGAACGGCUCGAUACUCGUUUAUCUGCUCGAUGUGAGCAUGAACGAUGGCGAAGCGGUACGACUGCGGUUGCGGCAGCGUUAGAUGCGAAGAGUAUGGUCAUUGCAUGGGUAGGAGAUUCAGCUGCAUACGUGCUUUCAUCAGCCAGUGAUCUACGAAAAGUCACCAAUGCGCAUGUUCCAACAAACGAGGAAGAAGCGCGACGGGUAGAGCAGGACGGAGGUCAACUGCUGUAUAUUCAAGGGGAGCUGAGGGUCAACGGCGUUUUGAACUUGACAAGAGCUUUAGGAGAUAUUGGUGGACGACCAAUGAUCAGUCCGAAAGCCGAUACUAUUGUCGUGGAAAGGGAUGUUUCACAGUACCUUCUACUUCUUACUUGCGAUGGGAUUUCAGAGCUAUUCAAUGACUCUGAAGUGCUAGACAUGAUCAAGUCAUUCGUGGCUAAGCAUAGCUCCAAACAGUUUUACAACUUAUCGGACCAUCUCUGCCGCGCUGCAAUUGCUGGUGGCAGUAUUGACAACAUAACAUGUGUUGCUGUUUUUCUAAGGCCUCCAAAAGACUUAUGGGAAUUGUUCGGUGAGACGCCGGAUAACUAA